CUUUGAUCAACCCUCCAACUUCAGAAAUAUUAGCAAUGGAGAACAGCGUCACGUGCUACUCACGUGGGAUCGUCCUCCCAAACGCCUCUUUCUCAAAAAUCCUCUGCACUGGUUUCUCAUCCUUCUUCCUCCUCUUCUUCUUUCUGCUUCAAGCGUCUGAAGUCAAGCUCCAUGUUCGGAGAUUCACUACGACUAACACCAAGAACACAAAUGAAAGCAACCAAGGCUAAGAACAAUGGUGCGUCAGCCAUGACCAAAUGUGAAAUUGGUCAAAGCUUGGAAGAGUUUUUGACACAAGCAACACCUGACAAGGGAUUAAGAACUUUGCUGAUGUGUAUGGGAGAAGCAUUGAGGACAAUAGCUUUCAAAGUUAGAACAGCUUCUUGUGGUGCAACAGCUUGUGUUAAUUCCUUUGGUGAUGAACAACUCGCUGUCGAUAUGCUCGCCGACAAGCUUCUCUUUGAGUACGCUUGUUCUGAAGAAGUACCUGAGCUUCAAGACAUUGGAGGUCCAGUAGAAGGUGGGUUUAGUGUGGCAUUUGACCCAUUGGAUGAAUCCAGCAUUGUGAAUACAAACUUCACAGUGGGAACCAUAUUUGGGGUUUGGCCUGUAGACAAGUUAAUCGGGGUCACGGGAGCAGAUCAAGUGGCUGCAGCCAUGGGAAUCUAUGGUCCAAGAACCACUUAUGGUUUGGCUGUUAAAAGAUUUCUAGGAACUCAUGAGUUCUUGCUUCUUCAUGAAGCUCUAAAUGUAUUCACAUGGAAAUGGCAGCAUGUUAAGGAGACAACAGAGAUCAACGAAGGGAAAAUGUUCUCACCAGGAAACUUGAGAGCCACGUUUGACAAUUCUGAAUACACCAAGCUGAUUGAUUACUACGUGAAAGAGAGUACACACUACACAGGAGGUAUGGUUCCUGACGUUAACCAGAUUAUUGUAGAGGAGAAAGGAAGCUUCACGAACGUGACUUCUCCUACGGCUAAGGCAAAGUUGAGGCUGUUGUUCGAAGUGGCUCCUCUUAGCCUGCUCAUUGAGAACUCAAGUUGCUUAUGGCUCAAAGAACGAGAUCAUCCGCUUUGA